AUGUAUAAUCCAGCAAUAACGGUUAGACGUAUCGAUGUUUUACUUCGUAUUUUAAACGGUCGUAAAACAAUUGUAUCUUCACAUUUAGUACGUGCCUAUUCUUCUGAGGGUAAAAUUACUAUAGGAAAUGUAAGCAAAGACAUCACAAAGCCGAAAAAGCUAGAAUACGUACCCAGGAAAUAUGUGAUAACUGAAGAUUCAGAGUUAAAAACACUAACACAAAGCACUCUCCGCAAUUUAAGAUGGAUGAUGCAAAAAGACAUCUUAGGUCAGGAUAUGUUUUUAUUGGGAAGACCUGGACCUAGUCGGAGAAAAGUGGCGUUACAGUAUUUGGAGUUGACUCAAAGAGAAUUAGAAUAUGUUGCUUUAUCGAGGGACACAACAGAAGCUGACCUUAAACAGAGAAGGGAGAUCAAAAGUUCCACCGCUAAGUACUUUGAUCAGAGUGCAGUGCGAGCAGCAAUAGAAGGUCGUGUGCUUGUAAUAGAAGGAAUUGAAAAAGCAGAACGAAAUGUGUUGCCAGUGUUAAAUAAUCUUCUAGAAAAUAGGGAAAUGCAUUUAGAAGAUGGGAGGUUUUUGAUACCGGCUUCAAGAUAUGAUAAGUUAUUGCAGGAACACGGACCAGAAGAAGUAUCAAAAUGGCGCUUAGUGAGGGUAGAUGAAAACUUUCGCGUUAUAGCGCUGGGGUUGCCAGUACCGAAGUAUACAGGGCAACCGCUCGACCCGCCUCUGCGUUCCCGAUUUCAGGCGAGAGAUGUCGCCACUAUUGGAUUUGGGGAACAUCUCAACACUCUGAAAGAAGUAGCUCCUCGAGUGGACGCUGUUAAGUUGGAACAGUUGCUGUCUGCUGCUUACGCUCUUAUUAGCCCCGAGCUGCAGCAAAUUAGCUUACCCGAUUUCCCAGUGGACAGCUUGUAUGCUGCUGCCCUUAUUUUGGAAAAGAAUUCAAACAUACCAGUUCAUAAACUUUUAUAUUAUCUAUAUCCUUACAAUACAUUCCUAUCAAGAGACCACAUAAGGAAUGUACAGGCAGUUUUUAAUAAUCUAAAAGUAGAUACUAAAGCGAAUUGGAAUAUAUCCCUCAGAAACGUAGAUUUUAAGGAGAAUAAGUGUACUGUAGAAAUGGAUAUUAAUAGUCAGAUAGCACAAUUUAGUGUAAAUAUUGGUGAUAGAAAGAGUAAGUCAGAGAAGAAAGGUUUUGUAAAAACUGAAUACCAGACUCAACUUCUGAAUGAGAUACUCUUAAGUCAUAGUGUUGGAGAUUUCUGUAUUAUUGGUCCAAAAGGUUGUGGUAAGAGUCUUCUUGUCUCCCAGAUGGCGUCUCUGUUAGAUUAUACAAUAGAACCUAUAGUUUUAUACCAAGAUAUGACGGCUAGAGACCUAAUUCAACAACGCACGACUCUGGAUAAUGGAGAUACCGUAUGGCGAAAUUCAGCUUUAGUUGACGCGGCUUUGAAAGGCCAUUUAGCGGUUUUAGAUGGAUUACAUCGGAUACAUCCUAGCACACUGGCUGUUUUGCAUAGAUUGGUCCACGAUAGAGAACUUCAACUCCAUGAUGGCACCAGACUACUUCGACAUGAUAGAUAUGAUGAUUUACUAUCUUCUGGUCUUACACAAAACGAAUUAGAAGAAAGCGGCAUUAAAAGAAUUCACCCGGCUUUCAGGAUAAUUGCUUUAGCAGAACCUCCAGUGAUAGGUCGCGGACAGCAAUGGCUCUCACCGGAAAUUCUUAGUUUGUUCAUAUUCCACGAGAUGAGAAAUUUAAGUAAAAGUGAAGAGAUAUUUAUUAUUAAUUCAUUGUAUGGAGACAUCUCUAGUCCAUUACAUUCCAUAAUAGAUUUAGCUGACCAGCUAAGACAGUCGGAAGAUAGUACUCUAAAGAAUCUUUCAUCAUCUUUAUCAACAAGGCAACUUCUGCGAAUAGCUAGUCGAAUGUCUAAAUAUCCCACUGAUUCGGCUUAUGAAACCGUCCAAAGAACAUUUUUAGCUAAAUUCCUUCCUAAUUUGGCUAGACGAGCUCUAGAAGGAGCAAGUCAGAAUAGUGGCAUUCAGCUACCUAAGAAAUUUGGCCUUUUUGGUCGAGAAUCUAAAAAAAUCGGUUGUUCUGUUCAAAAUGGUGUAUUAACAAUUGGAAAAACGAGCACAAACGUAUUUAAAACGGAUGCUCUAACUAAAGUGCCCGAUAUUCUAUUCUAUGACGUACCCCAACACAUAGAACUAUUGGAAUGGCUUCUUCAAGAUUUCCUUCUUGGAAACCAUUUACUUCUAGUCGGUAAUCAAGGAGUUGGAAAGAAUAAAAUAGCAGAUAGACUUCUGCAGCUACUGAAUCGUCCAAGAGAAUAUAUUCAGCUACACAGAGACACGACCGUUCAGUCAUUAACUGUUCAACCAACUGUUCGAGAUGGCAUUGUGAUUUACGAAGAUUCGCCAUUAGUAAAGGCCGUUAAAUACGGCCAUGUUUUAGUUGUAGAUGAAGCAGACAAGGCACCUACACACGUUACAUGUAUAUUAAAAACGUUAGUGGAAAACGGAGAAAUGAUUUUAAGUGAUGGUAGACGUAUUGUACCUAAGGACAUGAUAGAAAGUUCUGGUGGGGACGUUUCCAGUUUUAUACCUGUACAUGAAGAAUUUAGAAUGAUUGUAUUGGCUAAUAGACCAGGUUUUCCGUUCCUAGGAAAUGACUUCUUCGCUUCAUUAGGUGACCUUUUCUCAUGCCACGCGGUAGACAAUCCUUCAAUAGAUUCAGAGAUGGAACUACUCCGUUCUUAUGGUCCUGACGUACCAGAAGAUGUGAUGAAGAAACUCGUUGAAGCGUUCGCAGUCCUGAGAAAUAUGGCUGAUCAAGGUCAACUAACUUAUCCAUACUCUACUCGAGAGCUUGUGAAUAUCGUUAAACAUUUACAGAAAUACCCAGAAGAGGAUUUAGCAACAGCGAUAGGAAACGUGUUUGACUUCGAUCGUUACAGCAAAGACAUGGCUGACACUUUGUUAGAGGUAUUACAUGCAAGCGGUCUGCCAACUGAGGGCGUGUUGGAGGGUAGAUCGAAGGAUGCUUUGAAGAAAUUGCAAAUGACUAUUGAAAGGACCAGUGGUAAAGACGUAUCAUCUCCAAAACACGGUAAAGAAGACCCAGAAAAUAAGCCCCAUGUGGGUGGUAAUACCUGGGCCGGGGGGACCGGUGGGAGGGAUACAGCUGGCCUCGGGGGGAAGGGCGGACCUUACCGACUGGAUAAGGGCCAUGACGUACAUCAGUUAUCAGACGCAGAGAAAGAUGACAUUCCAGAUCACGUGAAAAAGGCCGCGAGAGAUAUGAAUAGGAAGAUUUUUGAAGAGAGAUUAAAAGAGAUUAAAAUGAGCGAGUAUGAUGCGAAGUUAUAUGGACAGUUCUUUAGAGCAGUACAACCACAGAUCGGAGCUCUUCGUGGUGUUUUGGCUGAAUUGCAAGCAAAGAAAAAAGAGAGACAAUGGAGCAGACACCAGACAAGUGGCGAAUUAGACGAUGGAAAAAUUAUUGAAGGUUUAACUGGUGAAAGAUCGAUUUAUAGGCGAAGAACGGAACAAGAUCCGCCUCCAGGCGCUCCGCCGGAAAAACCUAAGCGAUUGAGGCUAGUAGUUGACGUAUCGGGCAGUAUGUAUAGGUUUAACUCUUACGACGGACGUCUGGAACGUUCCAUGGAGGCUGUUGUUCUAAUGACAGAAGCUUUGAAAGGUUACGAAGCUAGAAUUAGAUACGAUAUGUACGCUCACUCCGGCGAAGAGUAUGCCCUGGAACUGAUUAGAGUGGAUCGGCCUCCGGAAAAUGAGAAGGAACGAUUACAAAUUAUCCGCACAAUGCAUGCCCACGCGCAAUUCUGUUGGUCGGGUGAUAACACACUACAAGCUGCUAAACACGCCAUCGCAACUCUUGCCCAAGAAGAUGCUGAUGAGGCUGUACUACUCGUGCUCUCGGAUGCUAACCUCAGGAGAUACGGCAUUCCGCCAGAAAGCUUAGGUGCGAUUCUUACAUCAGAUCCGAGAGUGCAAGCUCACGUUAUAUUUAUUGGAAGUCUUGGGGAUGAAGCCAAUGCACUCCUGCGCAAGUUACCAGCUGGUCAUGCCCACGUGUGUAUGGACGUGGCGUCACUCCCACAUAUCAUGCAACAGAUAUUCGCAGCGUCCUUGAUGCAACCAUGAAAUUAAUUUACUAUACAAACUAUGAAUAAAUAAAUAUAUGAAUAGACGCCUCACA